AUGUUUAGCGUCUUUCUUACGAGUUUCCCAUAUUGUCCCUAUUUCUAUUACAAUAUUUGGUAUCAAUGGUGCGUUAUAGUUCGUCGGCUGUUUUUUAAUACCUAACCUUUAGUUAAAUAAAAGCACAAUGUAUAAAUAAAUGUUUUUGAAACACAAUUAUAAUGGCUUUGGUGAGCCGAAACUUUCUGAAAGCUGUGUCAAAGGCUGGGACAUUUAUGAAUAGUGAAACAAGUUUAAAAUGCAUAUCAUCUUUAACACGUUUUAAGGCUGGCCAGGAUGUUUCGACAUACAGCACGAAAGCUACUACCAAAGGUGACGAAAGCAAAAUAUUGCAGGACGAACCAGUCUUGAGGCAGGAGAAGACCAGCAAGGCCAUGCGAGUCUAUUUGGAACGAGCCAGUAAACACGAUGAAUUCCUGAAACAGCAGUUGACAGAUUACAAUAUUGGCAAACGGCACUUGGCCAAUAUGAUGGGUGAAGAUCCUGAAACUUUCACGCAAGAGGACAUUGAUCGAGCCAUACAGUACUUGUUCCCUUCUGGCUUGUUCGACCCACGGGCCAGGCCGCUGAUGAAGCACCCCGAUGUCGUCUUCCCGAAGAGGAAGGCGGCGGAGUUUGACGAGAGCGGGCGGCCGUUCCACUUCCUCUUCUACACCAUCACGCCGGUCUACUACCAGCUGUUCCACGAUGUUGCCUGCCUCUUGGAAGAGCUGGACGACUUUGAAGACACCAUGAUACGGAAGCGGCUGCUCCCCGACCCAACCCAGACAUUGAAUCUGUCUGGCUCACAGUGGGCUACGAGGGAACAGCUUGAAGUUAUUCUGAUUGAGCAGGUUUCAGAAAGAGCUUAUAAAAACUUUGUGACUGUAAUGGAACGCCUGUGUGAACACCCAUAUGCGUAUCGGGUGAAAGACUUCAUAGAGAAGUAUAGGAAACCACUGAUAAGCCAGGCGACCACACUCGACAUCCCAAAACCCCAAUAUGAUGCAGAUGGAAGGUCUUUUGUUACAAUAAAAGAGUGCCUUAGGAAGCGAGCGCGGGGAGAAGUGACUAUGAGGUCUCCAGGCACGGGAAAGGUUGUCAUUAACAAUCGAGGUAUAGAUUAUUUUGAAGAUGACCAGCCAAGAGAACAGCUGUUGUUCCCACUCAUCUUCACGGGCAUGGUGGGCAAAGUGGACGUGGAGGCCACAGUUGACGGUGGGGGUCCGUCAGGCCAGGCCGGAGCCCUGAGGUGGGGCAUAGCCAUGUGCCUUCGCAGCUACGUCGACAAGGACACCGUGGAGAAGAUGAGGAUAGCCGGCUUGCUGACCAGAGACUACCGGAAGAGGGAGCGUAAGAAGCCCGGACAGCCGAAAGCGAGGAAGAAGGCCACGUGGAAGAAGAGAUGAAUCAUUCUCCUUUUAUUUGACAUGCACAGUUUGUUUUUGAAUUAUUUGUUGGGUCACAACAGUUAAUCAAUGGUGCAAACAUUCUGUUGAAUACACUGCAAUGAUACAAUUUUGUAGUUAGCAGUUUUGUGUUGUCAUCAUGCGAGAUGUUAGUCAAAUAAAAAUACAGUGUGUGUA